AAUAGACCAAGGUGGAAUUUCCAAGGGGAGAAGCUGCCGGUGGUUUUGGUCCCUGUCUUCGGCGAAGAAGGCGACAUGGCGAGCGACUCCCCGGCUCGCAGCCUGGAUGAAAUCGACCUCUCGGCUCUGAGGGACCCUGCAGGGAUCUUUGAAUUGGUGGAACUUGUUGGAAAUGGAACAUAUGGACAAGUUUAUAAGGGUCGUCAUGUCAAAACAGGCCAGCUUGCAGCCAUUAAGGUUAUGGAUGUCACAGGGGAUGAAGAGGAAGAAAUCAAGCAAGAAAUUAACAUGCUGAAGAAAUAUUCUCAUCAUCGGAAUAUUGCUACAUACUAUGGUGCUUUUAUCAAAAAGAACCCUCCAGGCAUGGAUGACCAGCUUUGGUUGGUGAUGGAGUUUUGUGGCGCUGGUUCUGUCACUGACCUCAUCAAGAACACAAAAGGGAACACUUUGAAGGAAGAGUGGAUCGCAUACAUCUGCAGGGAGAUCUUACGAGGUCUGAGUCACCUGCACCAGCAUAAAGUGAUUCAUCGAGAUAUUAAAGGGCAAAAUGUCUUGCUGACAGAAAAUGCUGAAGUUAAGCUGGUGGACUUUGGUGUCAGUGCUCAGCUUGACCGAACAGUGGGCAGGAGAAAUACUUUCAUUGGGACCCCGUAUUGGAUGGCCCCAGAAGUGAUUGCCUGUGAUGAAAACCCAGAUGCCACAUAUGAUUUCAAGAGUGACCUGUGGUCUUUGGGCAUCACCGCCAUCGAGAUGGCAGAAGGUGCUCCCCCUCUCUGUGACAUGCAUCCCAUGCGAGCCCUCUUCCUUAUCCCCCGGAACCCAGCACCUCGGCUGAAAUCGAAGAAGUGGUCAAAAAAAUUUCAGUCAUUUAUUGAGAGCUGCUUGGUGAAGAAUCACAGUCAGAGACCAGCCACCGAACAACUGAUGAAGCAUCCAUUUAUCCGAGACCAACCUAACGAGAGACAGGUCCGUAUCCAGCUCAAGGACCACAUUGACAGGACGAAGAAGAAACGAGGAGAAAAAGAUGAGACAGAGUACGAGUACAGCGGCAGCGAGGAAGAAGAGGAGGACAACGACUCGGGAGAGCCCAGCUCAAUCCUGAACCUGCCUGGCGAGUCUACCCUGCGGCGGGACUUCCUGAGGCUCCAGCUGGCCAACAAGGAACGCUCAGAGGCCCUGCGGCGGCAGCAGCUGGAGCAGCAGCAGCGGGAGAACGAGGAGCACAAGAGGCAGCUGCUGGCCGAGCGGCAGAAGCGCAUCGAGGAGCAGAAGGAGCAGCGCCGGCGGCUGGAGGAGCAACAAAGGCGGGAGAAGGAGCUGCGGAAGCAGCAGGAGCGGGAGCAGCGCCGGCACUACGAGGAGCAGAUACGCCGGGAGGAGGAGAGGAGGCGAGCUGAACACGAGCAGGAGUACAUCAGGCGGCAGUUAGAGGAGGAGCAAAGACAGUUAGAGAUCUUGCAGCAACAGCUACUGCAUGAACAAGCACUACUUCUGGAAUACAAGCGCAAACAGUUGGAAGAACAGAGACAAGCAGAAAGACUGCAGAGACAGCUAAAGCAAGAGCGAGACUAUUUGGUUUCCCUUCAGCAUCAGCGACAAGAGCAGAGGCCUGUAGAGAAGAAACCACUAUACCAUUACAAGGAAGGGAUGAGUCCUAGUGAGAAACCAGCGUGGGCCAAGGAGGUAGAAGAACGGUCAAGACUCAACCGUCAGAGUUCACCUGCCAUGCCUCACAAAGUUGCCAACAGGAUAUCUGACCCCAACCUGCCCCCAAGGUCAGAGUCCUUCAGUAUCAGCGGGGUCCAACCUGCUCGGACACCCCCCAUGCUCAGACCAGUUGACCCCCAGAUCCCACAUCUGGUGGCUGUCAAAGCCCCAGGACCUGCUGUGACGGCGUCUCAGUCCGUGCAUGAGCAGCCCACCAAGGGCCUCUCCAGCUUCCAGGAGGCUCUGAAUGUGGCCUCUCACCGCGUCGAGAUGCCGCGCCAGAACUCGGACCCCACCUCUGAAAACCCGCCUCUCCCCACCCGUAUUGAAAAGUUUGACCGAAGCUCUUGGUUACGACAGGAAGAAGACAUUCCACCAAAGGUGCCUCAAAGAACAACUUCAAUAUCCCCAGCGUUAGCCAGAAAGAAUUCUCCUGGAAAUGGCAGUGCUCUAGGACCCAGACUAGGAUCUCAGCCUAUCAGAGCAAGCAACCCUGACCUGAGAAGAACUGAGCCCAUCUUGGAGAGCCCCCUGCAACGGACAAGCAGUGGCAGUUCCUCCAGCUCCAGCACUCCCAGCUCCCAGCCCAGCUCCCAAGGAGGUUCCCAGCCUGGAUCGCAAGCAGGCUCCAGUGAACGGACCAGAGUUCGAGCCAACAGUAAGUCAGAAGGAUCACCUGUGCUCCCACAUGAGCCUUCUAAGGUGAAACCGGAAGAAUCCAGGGACAUAACCCGACCUAGUCGACCAGCUAGCUAUAAAAAAGCUAUAGAUGAGGACCUGACGGCAUUAGCCAAAGAAUUAAGAGAACUCCGGAUUGAAGAAACAAAUCGUCCACUGAAGAAGGUGACUGAUUACUCCUCCUCCAGUGAGGAGUCAGAAAGCAGUGAUGAAGAGGAGGAAGAUGGGGAGAGUGAAACCCAUGAUGGGACGGUGGCUGUCAGUGACAUACCCAGACUCAUACCAACAGGAGCUCCAGGGAGCACAGAGCAGUACAACGUGGGCAUGGUGGGCACCCAUGGGCUGGAGACAUCCCAUGCUGACACUUUCAGCAGCAGUAUUUCAAGAGAAGGAACCUUGAUGAUACGAGAGACUUCCGGAGAGAAGAAGCGAUCUGGCCACAGUGACAGCAAUGGUUUUGCCGGCCACAUCAAUCUCCCAGACUUGGUGCAGCAGAGCCAUUCCCCAGCCGGGACCCCCACCGAGGGUCUGGGGCGCAUCUCCACCCACUCCCAGGAGAUGGACACUGGGACUGAAUAUGGCGUUGGGAGCAGUACUAAGUCCUCCUUCACACCCUUCGUGGACCCCAGAGUGUAUCAGACAUCUCCCACUGAUGAAGAUGAAGAGGAUGAGGAGUCAUCAGCUGCAGGAAUCCAGAAGUUUCCAGGGGCCCUAGGAAAAGCUGUUCCUCAGAGAUCUCCAAACUCACCUCAUAUUUCUCAAAAGCAAUUUCUGGCUCUGUUUACUAGCGAACUUCUUAGGCAAGAACAGGCCAAGCUGAACGAAGCAAGAAAAAUUUCUGUGGUCAACGUGAACCCAACCAACAUUAGACCUCAUAGUGACACACCAGAAAUCAGGAAAUACAAGAAACGAUUCAACUCAGAAAUACUUUGUGCAGCGCUGUGGGGUGUAAAUCUCCUGGUGGGAACUGAAAAUGGCCUGAUGCUUUUGGACAGAAGUGGGCAAGGCAAAGUCUAUAAUCUGAUCAAUCGGAGGCGAUUUCAGCAAAUGGAUGUGCUGGAAGGACUGAAUGUUCUUGUGACAAUAUCAGGAAAGAAGAAUAAGCUACGAGUGUACUAUCUCUCUUGGUUAAGAAACAGAAUACUACACAAUGACCCUGAAGUAGAAAAGAAACAAGGCUGGAUCACAGUUGGGGACUUGGAAGGCUGUAUACAUUACAAAGUUGUUAAAUAUGAAAGGAUCAAGUUUUUGGUGAUUGCCUUAAAGAAUGCUGUGGAGAUAUAUGCAUGGGCUCCUAAACCAUAUCAUAAGUUCAUGGCAUUUAAGUCUUUUGCAGAUCUCCAGCACAAGCCCCUGCUUGUUGAUCUCACUGUGGAAGAAGGUCAAAGAUUAAAGGUUAUAUUUGGUUCACACACUGGUUUCCAUGUCAUUGAUGUUGAUUCAGGAAACUCUUAUGAUAUCUACAUACCAUCUCAUAUUCAGGGCAAUAUCACUCCUCAUGCCAUUGUCAUCUUGCCUAAAACAGAUGGAAUGGAAAUGCUUGUUUGUUAUGAGGAUGAGGGGGUGUAUGUGAACACCUAUGGCCGGAUAACUAAGGAUGUGGUGCUCCAAUGGGGAGAAAUGCCCACGUCUGUGGCCUACAUUCAUUCCAAUCAGAUAAUGGGCUGGGGCGAGAAAGCUAUUGAGAUCCGGUCAGUGGAAACAGGACAUUUGGAUGGAGUAUUUAUGCAUAAGCGAGCUCAAAGGUUAAAGUUUCUAUGUGAAAGAAAUGAUAAGGUAUUUUUUGCAUCCGUGCGAUCUGGAGGAAGUAGCCAAGUGUUUUUCAUGACCCUCAACAGAAAUUCCAUGAUGAACUGGUAACAGAAGAGCACUUGGCACUUAUCUUCAUGGCGUAAUUUCUAAUUUAAAAGAACAUAACUCAUGUGGACUUAUGCCAGUCUAGAGGCAGAAUCAGAAGGCUUGGUUGAACAUACUGCUUCUCCCUUUCCUCUCCCUCCACCCGUCCCAAUACAGUCCAUCUUUCAAUGUUGCAGCCUGGUUGAGAAGGAGAGAAAAAGGUGGCAGAAAUUCCCAGGAGAUCCCCCAAGAAUGCUGCGUCUUCUGUGGACAAAGAUGGACCUCGUGCCCUUUGGAGUUAGGGAUAGAAACAAAUAUUGUGUGCUCUUAUAAUUAAGCUGUGUUACGGUGGAAUUUGAGUUUGGGAUUGUUGUUUUUCUUUUAUUUACCUUUUUCUUUACCCCGUUACUUUGUAAGAAUGGGGAGAGAAUGCAUACUGAGAAAAUGAGUCUUUUUAAUUCUGUCUGCCUGCUAGCUUUAGGUAUACAAUAUGUUAUAAAAUUUUCGAUUUCAAAUGGUGAGAGACAGCACAGCACAAUAAAUGUACCUUAUCUCCUUACACUGAAGGCCAUAACUGCAUAAUGGGAUAAUUUUAGAAUUCUUUUGCCUUCACCAACCCAAAAAAAAGUUGCUUUUUGAUAGCAACUGACUAAUGAAUUUUUAAAAUGAAAAGAAAAGUACUAGUUUUCCCCUCUUUGGGGAAAUAGAUUUUAAAUGGCUAAACUACUAGCCUUAGACUAAAAAAAUCCAACUACCAUUUUUUUGAGGCUGGCAGGCCCUAUUUUUAUAUGGCCCUGUUCAGAAUGGAGUGUGUUGAAUGCGAUAGUAGCACCAUUGAACUGAGUUGGCUCUUGCAAUUGAGGGAGUCUGUAACACAGUGUUCCCUCAGCUCUUAUGCAAUACAUCAGGGCCCCCAAAAGAAUGAUAGAUGGGGGUCAGACAGCAAGAGCAUCUGGGAAAUAAGAGAAGUUUGACAGAGAGGGACUUUUUUUUUUUAAUGCACAAAGCCUCCCAGCUAAGAGGUCUCUCAGUUUGAACUUGAGUUGGACUGAGACUAUUAAGUUAUUUCUGGGAACUGGGGAAUAGGUGAUGUACAGGCUCUGGUCAUACCCAGCUUUCUCCUGAGGGUGCCACUUUCUCAAGAUGAAAACUGUGACUGAAAAAUUAAUAACAAUAAAUGUUGCUGAGCUACCUGUGUUCUCUCUGGGAUGGUGAGAGAAGGGACUAGAUGACUGAACCUGCCUGAGACACUGCAGGUACCAUUGGUUCCAGUUUUAUAGAACUUGAAAGCAAGGCUUUGGCCAAAAUUCUGAGACCCUAAUCAUUUAACCUUCCUCUAAAUGACCCAACAUACGGUAAACAACAUUUGUGCAGAAAUAUGUAUGUAUUUAGUUCAGAUUGAUUCGUGUCCUUAUAAAUUCUUACUCGGAUGAUUUGAACUCUUACGUGACUGUCUGGGAAUCUUCUUUUCCAAAGCUACAAGCAUGGCUGCCCAUGGUAUCGAGGUGUUGCAAAAACAAAAUACAAAAACAAAAAAAAAAAACGACAAAACAGAAAAAAAAACAAAAAAAAGAUAUCUGUGUUGCGCUUCCUGUUUUAACCUACCUCGUUUUGUUCGCUUUUGUUUCAUUGUUCAUCACAGCAGUGUUAACUCCAGGAGACAUAUAGAGAGCUCAACUGGCAAUCUAAGGUAUUCUUCAUAGUCUUUGAAAAUAAAACAGUAGUUGACCAAAUCAUUCUUUAAAAACCUGGAAAAGAAAUGUUUCCAGUAACUACAAAAUCUAAAGUGGCUUGUGUCUGGAGAAAAUAUUCACUUCGGAAUAUUAUGGAUUUUUUUCAAAUCUGUGAUUUUACCUAAAUACAAAUGCAGCAAAUGUAAUAUUAAUGAGAACGAAACACGCUUUAGGAAAAAUGGGGCCAUUCCAAUCUGUUGGUUUGGGCCGUGAGUGGCAGUGGGGGAUGGGAGGAAAUACUACUGUGGGUACUGAAUUCCAUGCCUAGGCCCCUCAAUAAAGGUGGUUGUCAUUUGCAUUUAUUUUAGGUAGGUAACACUCAGUAAUGGAACUGAGGAUUAUCUUCAGGCAAUCUAAGAUGUCCUUGUGGUCCCUUUAGCUCUCAAAAGCAAUGAAACCCUCCUGUUCUCAUUUUUACUGCUGCGAACUGCUGCUGAACAAUAUGACCUUUGCAAAUUCCAUGCAAAAAAUUCAGCAAUAACUUUUUGGAUUGAAUUUAGCAACUACUGUAAUUGGAUGUUGCUGUGGACAAAAAAUAUUGUGUGGGUCUCACCCCAAAAUGUGAUUGCCACCAGCUCUUUAUAUUGCUGCUGUGGUAUUUUAAACCAGAAGCUUCUUUAAAUUAUGUUGCAAACUGAUCCUUGUUUUCAUGUUUUGUUUUGUUUUGUUUGAAUUUCUAAGUGAUAAGUUCGAAACACACAGCUUUAAAUGAUUUUUUUAUUGUGGGAUUUUGGGUACAGUUAAGAAAUAAAAGGGAAUCAUUGUGUUUAAACAUAAGGUAGUUUGUGAAUGUAUUUUUUAAAAUCUAGAUUCAUUGAAACAAAAAAUCAUAAAACAAUAUUAAUGCAGUCUUGUUUACAGUAUGUACAGUGACAUAACAUAGACCAUGAGCUUUUCUGGUGCCAACAACAAUAAAACACAGACGUUAAACAUCAAGCCAUGACUUUUAUAUUUUUGUACAACCUACACUGAGAGUCAAGGUAAAACCAAAUUUGACAAAGGGUCUGUCUGUGUUCCUUAAAGCAUACCUGAAAAAUUUCUUAAAACUUCUAUCUUCAAAAAUACAUUUUUCUCUUUCAGGAUAGAUCCUACCCUUGACAUACUGAGACCAGGUUCCUGCACACUAUUCCCUAUGGUUCAUAGCAAGUUCAUUUCUAUAUUGUUUUCUUUAGGUUUUCCAUGAUUUUUAAUGGAAAGUUGCUUUUAUUCUUCUUAACAAAGUCUUUUUUUUUCUUUUUGGGUCAUACCUGGCCAUGCACAGGAGUUACUCCUGACUCUGCACUCAGGAAUUACUCCUGGCGGUGCUCAGGGGACCAUAUGGGAUGCUGGGAUUCGAACCCAGGUCGGCUGCGUGCAAGGCAAAUGCCUACCCGCUAUGCUAUCACUCCAGCCCCUUAACAAAAUCUUGAUAAAAUUUUCUUCCAUUUUAAGACUAGUUUUAGAAGUUGAAAUUUUUAGUUUCAGUUCUUCCUAUAGAAGAUUUUUUUCUCUAAAUUUGGCUCAUUAUAUUUUUCAUUUUCUACAGGGAGAAAAUGAGUCCUCUCCCCAAAAUAAGUGUCACUAGACCUUUUCCAUCUUUACUGCUCCAAAUUUAUGAUAGCAUAAUAAAAUCCACUGAGUCUCUCACACCAUAGAUUUGGUCUUGAGCCUAACCAACCAUUAUUUUUUAUGCCAGUCAGCAACUGCAAUCCUUGGUAGCAAGGAUUCCUAUAUCUAGUUAUUGGUAGGAAUGGAAGACCUAUAAGUUUUCUUCAAAUACCUAACCAUGUCAAUUUCUUAAAAUCCCUAACCAUGUCAGAUCAUUGGGACCACACACAAUAUAUACAGCACUGUCAUCCCAUUGUUCAUCGUUUGCUCCGACAGGCACCAGUAACGUCUCCAUUGUGAGACUUGUUACUGUUUUUGGCAUAUCGAAUACGACGGGUAGUUUUCCAGACGCUGCCUGCGGGCAGGAUACUAUUGGUAGCUUGCCAGGCUCUCCGAGAGGGUCGGAGGAAUCAAACCCGGGUUGGCCUCGGGCAAGGCAAGCACCCUACACACUGUGCUAUUGCUCACACACAAUAUAGAUGAAGGCAAAUGCAUUAAGUUUCACAUAAACUCAAACUGCUCUAUUUAGAAAUAUAUCACUAUUUUUCUUGAAGAUGUAUAAGUAAUAUUACAAGAAGGCCUGAACUAUUUAUGAAUCUAACAGAAUAGAUUAAGGUACAAGUAAUAUCACACAUGGCAUUUGGUCCAGGAUUCAAUUUUUCUAACAGUUUGAUAUUGUUUUCUAAGAUGCACUCCUCACAUAGUUUGCAUCAAUACACAUUCUUAAAAGCAUUUUAAUAUCUGGCUAUCUGAUCUACUAACAGUCUUCUGUCUGCUCUUGUGACUCAUUGGUAAUUGGUGUCUCAUCCCUCCUGCCAUAGAUUAGAAAGAGUUGUGAAAUUCAGGCCAGAGUCAUUUUGGUUUUGUCCAUUACCAGAUAAUGUAUCAACAACAAAAGUCUGAUGCUUCAGUCCAUAAAGAUAAAAAAAGUUUUCCCUACUAUUAUGUGUUUCAGUUCCUGUCACUGUAUUCUUGGAAUGUGGACACACUCUUUGUGUGGGUAGUGUGUACUGUCUCUGAAAGUCUGCUUGAGUGGGCCUCUCUUGCAUUUGUGCUGAUUGAUUUAACACAUAAGAUGUGCCACAUUAUUUUUAAACAAGAUAAUAUCAAAUAUUUUUAACCUGUGAAAAGAAAAUAGAAUAUGCACACACAAAUUAAAUUUGAAUACCACCAUACGCUAGAUAUGUUCCAGAUAUUUCCAAAUCUUCACUCAUAUCAUAUUCUAGUUUCAUUCAUUCAUUCACAAUGAACAGUUUCUAUGAAUUAUUAUUUUUACUUUUUAGUUCAUCUCUCUCAAAUCCCAAAUUUUAAUCUAGACUAGACAAAUGGCUAAAAAGGCUAGAGCACAUGCUUUGUAUGCUGGAGUCCCAAAAUUCAAUCCCUCAAGCACAAAGCCAGAAGUCCUUGAACACCACUAGGUAGGGCCCAAAUAUAAUUUUUUAAUUUAAUAUAAACAAAUAAAGUAUAAAAUAAAACCAAACCCAGAGCCAACCUUUUCUUUAACUACAUAGUUACAACAUAAAAUCCAAAAGUCUAGAUUUGAUUUCUUUAACCUGCCAGUACUUCUUAUAAAUGCCACUACAUUUUAUCUUGAUUGUGAUGUCUAACAGGAAUCUGAAAAUGUGCUGUCAUUUCAUAAAUUCAAAAUGGUUAUACACACAUCUCUAUUCUGAGACCCCAGCAAUGAAAACCUCUUGAGAAUCUGCAAGUUCAAAACAGACUAUUGGUACAUUUCUGCCAACUACUUCCCUUCUGUUGGUGUUAGACUUACAUACUAUGUUUAUUCUGGAAAUUUUUCUAUAGGUAGUUAGAAUACUUAAAGUGUGCAAAGCAUUCAACAAUAUGAGACUAUAAUUCUUUCUUGAACUUUAUUCUCAUGGCCAUUUAUUCCAAGGAGGACCAGUAUAUGUCGAAUUUAAAAUCUCCAUAGAAGCAUUUUAAAAUAAAAAUUGCUUGAUAAGAUUUAGAAUAUUUUAAAUCUAGAUUCAAAUCUUAUAUUCUUUGUCCAUAAUGCCAAACAUUUGGAUAAAGCCAAGAAAAUGCAGUGAAAAAUAGAAAUAUUACAGUUUCUGAAUGUCUAGCUUUGUGGAAACACCCUCAAACUAACUCCUUGAAGGAGUGGGCUUGAUUUUGAUUGUUUUAUAUCAGCAUUAAGUUUCAUAACACUGUUGAGGCUAAGCAAAUGCUGGUAGAAAGUUGGAUUUUCAUUUCUAGCAAUGGAUCACUCUUUGUACACAGGAAUUUGCAUGGCCUAGUUGCCAUUUGCUCAUCUCUUUCCUGGGGUCAGUGUUAAAAAACAGUGGUAUGUAUUAUGGAUUAUUUUAAAAGCUCGGACAUUACCCUGUAUCAGAACUUCAAAGGGUAAGUUACAGACAGAAAUAAAUCUACAGUGAUGGAGAAGAGGCAGUUGGGGUGUGGGUGGCAGGGAUAAAAUGAUCAGUUGAAUGAAUUUUAAAAAUUGGAUGUUGUGAAUCUAUAUUUAUGCAUCUUAGCUGUCUUAUUCCAAUGCUAACAUAACUGCAGAGGCACCAAUAUAAAGGAAAAAUAUCAUUUUGCUAUGCCUACAAUCAUUUAUAUUGUUUAAAUCCCAGUUUUCAAAAGUGUUUUAUAUUGUCAUAAAAGUGCUGAAACUAGAUUAUAGUCUUAUCCAUGUCAGCAUAUAAAAGAUAAUAUUAAAAUAUGUUAUAGUCUGAGCUUUUUUGGUCAAUUUCAAGCAUUUUUCCCCUGCACAAAUAAAACCUCCAGUGGUUCUCUACUAUUGUUCCAUUAUUAGCUAGAAAUAAUUAAAUAAGUUCUAGCCAAAGUGUUCCAAAAAGUCCCCUCCAUUACCUAAGGUGUAUUAUUUUAUCUCAGUCAAAAUAUGAUCAACAAAGUAUUAGGACACCUGCUAGUUUCUUAGUGCCACUGCCAGAUUAUCUCUCCCUCCUCCUAAAAAGUCAAUGCUUUGUAAAACCCUUACUGUAAGUACAUAAAGUUUCCAAUUGCCUUUGAUAACUCACCUUCAUUGCACAAAUAUUGUCUCUUAUCUCAUAACAAUCCCUACUCCCACCUUUUAAAAUUCCUGGUGAUUUCAGUGUCCAUAUGAACAAAUCCAAUAAAUGCCCUGAUCUUGUCCAAUUUCUUGACCUUGUCCAGUGAAAUUUAUCAUUAUCAAUUUCAGUCCCAAUUCCCUCUGAGUUGAUAACAUGCAACUCUUCCUGUUUGUUAGGGCCAUCCAACCUCAUUAAUCAAGGUCCAUGGCCCCAACUAUAUUACAUUCGUGCUGCUAUAGCUUGUUCUUUCAAUACCCUUUUUUUGGCCUCACUAUCUCUCUAACGGGCUCCUAUUAAAAGUGCAUAUCAUAUGCGACAGUUGUGCAUACUUGCUACUUCCAUUUCCUCUUUCCUUGGUCUCUUAAGGGAACUUAAGUCAGACUUAUCCCCACCAUUAUAGAUUUUUCUAAGGAUGCCAGAAAUCCUGAUGGUGUUAAGUGUAAUGAAGGAUCUCUGACUUCAUGCUUCUUGACUUCAUAACUUCUCACCUCUAGGAUAUUCUUCUCAUCUUCUCACUUUUCUGGUUCACAUUGGAGUGAUCAGUAAUGGAUAUCCACUUUCUAAAUUAUCUCCUCUAGUCUUUGGACUAGAAACAUCAUCUAUUUACUGACAACUCCCAUAUAUUUAUCUUCCAGGUCUAGUGUCUUGAAUGUCAGAAUCAUCUAGCAACCAUGGAUUCAUACCAGAUUCAUACAUGUACGAAUACAUGUGAUUCCCAAGUUCAUAUCUUCAUUUGGAUGUGUAAUUGGUGUCUCAAAUUUGAUAAGGUGAUACCCAAACUAAUUUGCACCCCACACACCAGUCUACUCCCAUUAUAGUCUUCCCUCUGACAGCAAAUAGAAACCCUAGUCUUCCAGGUCAGAAAGUCUAAUAGUUAACUUUUAAUUGUUCUCUUUCAUAUACCAUACCUAAUCCAUUUUAGAAAAAAUACUUUUUACCUAGGUUCAGACUAUAUC